AUGCGCAAGCCAGACAAUAGCUUCAUCGACCAGUUUAAGGAGAAGUUUGGUGACCUACUUUUGAGCUGCGAUGGUAAAAUUGGAAAGGGGAGCGCUCCUAUUAAUGCAGAAGAUCUAAUGCUACCUGUUAGCUAUGCUAAAGACACUGGGCUUUUUGGCCCUAUGCAGCUAGACAAUGUGAAUUCUGGACAAAUAUUGGGGCAAACGAACAACUCCUCUAUUUCUUCAAAUACCCCUGAGUCCUUCUCCCCCGCAGUUGUCUCCAAGAAACAGAAGACAUCUUACAAUUGUAGCUUACCAGGAUCUGGCGCGGUCUUCUACAAUAAAGCGGGUGACCUCCACUCCCCUAUGAUAGAGUGGAACACAACACUGGCACUGCUACUUGACGCAUUAAUUCAAUAUGAUCCGCCGACUUUUUGGGGAGGCUCUGGCUGCUUUACCCUGUUGGCUCAGACUCAAAAUUGGCUGUAUGGGGAAGCAACUCGACAAGAAUACCCGAACUAUACACUAGGGUUUCUCUUACAACACGAUUCAGAUUAUACUGUAGUAGAUAGCCUCGAUUAUUCCGGUCCUACAAAAUUUGACUUAGCUACCCCCGAGGUAGACUUGAGUGGAGAUUCGCUAUAUGAUAACGGGGGAAAGUACGAGAAUAGUCAGUUUCGUUACACUGUUACUCUGCAGGCACCAAUAGCAAUGCUUCGAUAUAUUAAUGAAUACCCGGUGACCUACCUCAAUAAGGGCCAAACCUAUAGCCUUAAGGUGGCGGAUUCUAAGCCACCUAUUAGGGAUAUUGCGUUGGUUCAAUAUAGAAUGUUCGUGCGAGUCUCUUUUGAAGAACAAGAUCAGCGGUCAGACCUAGUUGUAUCUUGGCAACUGUGGAAAGAUGGUAGAGGCCGCAAUGAAGCAAAUAAGUGCCGAAGUGAGCUCUUGGCCGACAGUGCUGGGUGUAAGGGGUAUCACCAGAUUUGGCUCGAAAAGACCUAUGUUGAUGGUUUUUGUGUCACCUGGACAGCUGAUCCAAUGAGAAAAGUCUCCGAAUGCCUUAUCCCGCUAAGGUUCAAUUUCUUGUCAACUGACUUCAGUCGCUUAAAAGGGGUUAAAGGAGUACCAGUCAGGCUAUGUACGAAAACGGAACUCCUACGACUAGAAGGCGUGAAAAGAACCACGGAGCAUGACUCAGAAAUGUGCUAUUGUGCGAUAAAGCUUUUCCGGGACCAUGGUGCUGAGUGA